AUGGAGGGUUUAUUUCAAAGGAAGCAUAAUCAAUUGUCGUACGAGGAAAGGGGUAUGGUUGAGGAAAACAAAAAAGAAAUAGUGUCUCGUAUUACGCACGUGAUUGACUGUGAAGCAUAUAAUAAUAAGAAAAAAACAUUUAUUCGAGAAAUCUCGGUUUAUAGAGUAAAAACAGGCGAGUGUUCAUCGUUUCAAGUGUUUAUGCCGUUUGUACCGUUUAACGAAUCCAACUAUACGAUUGAUUAUCAAAUAAAGAGAAUUCACGGCUUACCCGUUGUACGUAAACGUUUAACGGAUGAUUUUUAUACAUUUAAAGAAUCGAUGACAUUUUUAACCGAUGAAUUUAUGCGUCAUGCUGAUUUAGUUGCGUAUAAGGGUGGUGAUAUUGAACGUACUUUAUUAAAUAAUAUGGGUGUUCGCUGUAUUAAUCUUGAAAUAUUGUCAUGUCCAAAGUAUAUAGAUCUGUUGACCAUAUUUGGGCAGACGCAAGAAUGUUGUCCCUAUCACCUGGGUAACCAUUUUCAUUGUUCAAAACACGAAGUAAAAAUGUUUGCUCAUUUUAUCUACACGUUGUUGUAA